GCGUGAUGACUUGCCAGGGCAGGUACACGACCACAUGAUAAAGGUCAUCCUCAAAGUUCAGGAUUGCCAACUGAAUGAAAAGCCAAGAAAAAGGUUGGAAAAGCUUCAUAGAAGUCAACAUCUACGAUGCGUCUGGUUAUGGAUAAAAGGUCAAAUUCAGGAUGAUGUAUCAUCCCAAAAGUGUUACAGAAAAUUCAAGCAGAGGAGACAACAGGACUGUUAGUUGUGCCGUGCUGGCCAACUCAGCCAUGGUGGCCAUUGGUGAUGAGACUGCUGGUUCAGGAACCCCUUGUGCUCCCCAAAAAGAAACACACCUUAUUUCUACCUCAACAGCCAGACUUGGUGCAUCCACUACAUCAGAAGCUCGCACUUCUGAUAUGCCACUUGUCAGGAAAUCACUUGAAGGCAGAGGGCUUUCGGAAUCAGCUACCUCAUUCAUCCUACAGUCUUGGAGAAAGGGCACCAAACAACGAUAUAAACUAUUCAUCAUUAAAUGGGAACAAUACUGUUGUCAAAGGAAGAUUAAUCGCUUUUCAGCAACUUUAGAACAUGGGAUUAAUUUCAUGGCAGAACUUUACCACACAGGGAUUGGAUACAGUGCUCUCAACACUGGACGGUGUGCUUUGUCUACUGUUUGUUUUACAUCAGAGCAUUACACUUUUGGACAGCAUCCCCUAGUCUGUCGUUUCCUCAAAGGAAUUUCUGAGUGCAGACCCUCUCUCCCAAGGUACCAAGAAACUUGGGAUGUCACAGUGGUAUUAGACUAUCUAGCUAAACUUGGGCCACCUGUGAAACUUCGUUUGAAGAACUUGACUUUGAAAGUGGUUACGUUAAUGGCGUUGCUUUCUGGACAGCAUUGCCAGACUUUGCACACAUUACCAAUUGAUUAUAUGCAAUUAAGUUCUGAAAAGUGUGUGUUUUCCAUUAACUCAUUGUUAAAAACUUCCAGACCGGGUAAAAAUUUAGCUUGUAUUGAGUUUCAGGCCUAUGCACCAGAUGUAAGUCUUUGUAUUGUAAAGCAUCUUCAGCAAUAUCUGAAGCACACAGAUACUCUUCGAGGUAAUGUAAAGCAGCUUCUUAUUAGUUACUCUAAGCCUUAUAAAGCUGUUUCCCCUGAUACAAUAAGCAGAUGGAUUAAGGCUACACUGGUUGAUGCUGGAAUUGACACUUCGAAGUACAGUGCACAGAGCACUCGAUAACAUCUACAUCUGCAGCAAAAGCAAACAGCAUAUCUAUAACCACAAUUAUGAAAAGUGCGGGGUGGUCCCAGGAGUCCACUAUUUACUAAGUUUUACAACAAACCAGUGGAACCUUGAGAGAAUUCCGGAACUGGGCUCCUUAAAGCUGUAUGUGGUGACACCUAAGAUAGUGUCUUAUAUUUGUAUGUUUUGAUGGCUAAGAGAGAAUGUUAUUAAAGCAGGUUCAUAUUGCUAUAAAUCAUUAUGUUUGAGUUCGCACUCACACUGCUUUAAAAUCUCACGUGACUCCGUAGCGACCAAUGACCAAUGACGAAACAGAAUACCUAAAUUAAACGAGGCUUACCUGUAAGGUGAAGUUUGAUUGGGAUUC